AUGAAGAUCUCUGUUGCUUCUACGCUUCUCAGCCUUUCUGUCCUUGCGGUGGCUCAUCCUGGCCAGAGCAAGGCCGAGAUGAAACGGGAGGCAGCAGAACGCAAUGCCUAUCUAAGCAACCACAAACGCUCGCUGGCUCAUUGUGCUGAUCAGCUAAAGGCGAGGGGCAAUGAUAUUGCCAUGCAGAAUCGUCGUCGUUCUUUAGCCGAGCAGGCGCGUGAGAAAAAUCUUAUCAGCGCCGUAAAGCCCUAUCUCCAAGCCCGCGAUCUUGACGCCGUCCUCGCCACUAACCACAAGUCGAAUCUUACUUGUGUUACUCCUAACACGGACCCGUCAGUUCUCUUCUCGGGCAACAACAGCUGCAUUCUUUCGCCUGAGACGACCCAAGGCCCCUACUGGGUUUCUGGCGAGCUCAUCCGUCAAGACAUGACCGAUGGCGAGCCAGGAGUACCACUCACUCUUGACAUCCAAGUUAUCGACGUUAACACUUGUAAGCCUGUCCCUCAGGUCUAUCUUGAGGCAUGGCAUUGCAACUCUACUGGCGUUUACUCUGGUGUCGUUGCAAACGGUAAUGGUGACUCUUCCGAUGAGUCUAACCUUAACGCCACCUUUGGCCGCGGUAUCAAUCUAUCUGAUGAUGAUGGUGUUGUCACCUUUAAGACGGUUUUCCCAGGACACUAUACUGGUCGUGCUACCCAUAUCCAUGUCCUUAGCCAUGUCAGUGCUAGCUUGAACGAUAACAACACCCUGGCCGGUGGUAACAUCACCCAUGUUGGCCAGUUAUUCUUCGAUCAGGAUCUCAUCUCGCUAGUUGAGACACAAGAACCAUAUGCCAGCAACACUCAGGAGCUUACGACCAACGCCGACGAUAACAUUCUAGCUGGAGAAGCUGCCGAUGUUGAUCCAUUUGUUGAAUACGUCCUGCUUGGCGAUGAUGUGUCUGACGGUAUCUUUGGCUGGAUUGCUUUUGGGAUGGAUACUGCAGCCUCGUACGAUGUCAGCCCGGCUGUCUACUACACCUCUGAGGGUGGUGUUGAAAAUGAGCAUUCUAACAUUGGAGGUGGUGGUUCACCCCCGGAUGGCACUGCUCCCACGGGUAACCCGCUUACUGGUCCACCUCAACCGUCCUCCACGUCCGCAUAG